AUGGUCCCGGAUACGGCAUGGUUCCCAUGUGGAAGGUGGAAUAUAGUGCCUUCUCGGCCUCCUGAAAAUCUUUCCAAUAGCUGGUUACCUGUGAUCCUUUCUGGGACGAAAGGAGCGCGUUUUAUACGCCAAGUUGCAGCUGUCCAGAGAAUAGGUAACACUGAUGUCGAGAUUGCGAUUUAUGAAAUGACCGGUGCAUCGACACUCUCUUCGACCUAUGCUGCACAAGGCUCAUCAGGGAACGACUCUUGCAACAUGGUUCAACUGGAUGCAGGCUGCUUGCAGACGUUCAAAUCGUUGCCGAAGCCAUCCCUGUGGAGCAGCAUAGUCUACCAGAGACCAGUGGCGGGAAAGUUAUAUCGGAAUUUACCCGAAACCAUGCUGUUCACGACACCUGUCGUAUCAGACCGUGCUAGGAGACAAUUCUACCAUCGAACAGGGUUGCAUAAGAUUUUCAACAGAUCCACGAUCGAUGAGUUCCUCUCUCCAUUGUACGCCGCAUUACAUCAGUGGGACUCUGCGUCUGAACUCGUUGGCUCAUGGCGACCAAGGACCCAGCGAACUCUCAGACUGCGUACUACAUGUAGGACACUGGAUGCUCUUCCGAAGCCUUCUAGCUGCAGUGAGUCACAACCACGGAAAAGAGAUCAACAUGAGACAGGGGAUCUCCAGAUUCGCAAAGAAUAUAGGACGACAUCCGUGCAAGACUGUACUGCGAGAGACACUAGUGGGGACUUGCAUGGCCGGACGACAUGCCGGCCAGGGGCUGUAGGCCAGGAGCGAUUGCCCACCGGCCAGGUGUACGAGAAAACUCAUGGAAUCAAAGGAACCCAACAGGAGUCUGUGCGUGACUGUACUACGCAGUCUAUUAUCAAGGAAUUGCAUGACCGGAUUCUUCCAGAGCCUCAUACAGGCGCUGUACAAAAUCACGCUUCUCAAGCGCAAUCCUCGAUGCCGCACCCAUAUGAGAUCAACUUCCUUGGCCUACCGGCGGAGCUCUGGUUGAUGAUACUUGACAUUGAAGAUACGCCACCGUACGAACAAGCAGGCUUUGCAUGCUCGUGUCGCAGGGCGCAAGAAUUAUGUGAUGACAUCUGGAAAGACUGUGUCCCAGCCGACAGUGGAGGCAAUGCUACUAGCACCUGGUUGCAACAAUACUCCGCAUUAGACCGAAGCGUACGACGAUCAAUCGAAUCUACAAAAGGGGUUCUGCCCUAUCCGAACAUUUUCAGUCUCUCCAAGGAUAUCGAAACUGUCUAUUUCAAGGCGGGUUAUGCUCGAUGGUGGGCUAAUGAGGGAAACGCUGAUACGACACCGUAUUCAUAUUGCAUUAGGUUACUCUGGGACUCGUACUAUCUUGCCCGUACGAUUGAUUAUGUCGUGCCCGACCUUAACAAGGUCCUACAUGAAUUCGCUGACGGCCGUGGUCGGGCAAGCCGGGAACUCAAUCGCGCAAUCAUUAACGACGAACCUAAGGUCGUAGAAGUGCUGGUGAAUCUCGGAUGGGACUUGACUGUAAGAGAUGAGGAGGGAGAUGCGCUCCAGAUAGCUUCGUUUUGUGGAAACGAACGGAUAGUGCAGACUCUGUUGAAUGCCGGAGCAGACGUUAAUGCCGCAGGUCACGGAACUUAUGGUUCGGCAAUAGAAGCAGCUCAAGACAAUCAUCACACUGGUGUGGAACGGAUGCUCCGUCAAGCUAAUGCUGACGGGUUUAAGAGGUCAAGUCGUGUCGAAAAGCCGGACGAGCCUUUUAUCACUCACUUCGAGAAUGUCAAGAGUUCGUGGUGGACUCUUGGACCCUUGUGCCGGUGA